AUGGCUAGUGAAUUAUUUGAGAUGAAAAAACCAAUUCAUUUUUUCAAAAUCAUAGUUAUUCAAAGUCUUCAUCAAGAAAAGCUAAUGAUACCAAGAAGGUUUGUGAAGAAAUAUGGAGAAUAUCUUCCAAAAGCUAUAUGUCUAAAGACUCCUAACGGUGCAUAUUGGAAACUAAGUUUGGUAAAAAGUGAUGGCAAGAUAUGGUUUGAAAAGGGUUGGAAAGAAUUUGCAGAGUAUCAUUCUCUAUCUCAUGGCCAUCUUCUUGUUUUCAAAUACCAAAAAACUUCCCAUUUUGAAGUAAGAAUCUUUGAUAAGAGUGCUUUAGAAGUAAACUAUUCUAUCAAAAGAAUUGAAGCUAAUAAUAAAGAAGAUUGUAGAGCAACUCAAAAGAGAAAAGCUUAUUCCUCCUUUGAAAUUGGAAGCACUAGUUGUGUCAAAAAGCCCAAAGGUAAAAAUCUUAUUGCAGGAAAGCGCGGGAAUACAACACUUGAAAGAGCGAAAUCAUUCAGAACAUGUAAUCCAUCUUUUAUUGUUGUCAUGGGUGCAUCAUACGUUGAACACCAUUUUCUUUUGAGUAUACCAUCUGAAUUUGGUAAGAAAAACUUUGAUUUGGAUAUGAAGAGAGGGUAUAUUUGUUUUCAGGUAUCAAACAAUGAAAAAACUUGGCCUGCAAAGUACACAAGGAGGAUAUCCAAUAAAGGAAGAAUAAAGUUUGAAAUCACAGGUGGAUGGAAGAAAUUCUCAGAGGACAAUAAUUUGAAAGUUGGUGAUGCAUGCAAUUUUGAGCUCAUUCUUAAAACUAAUAUGACCUUCCUUGUUCACAUUUUUAGAGAGACAUCAAAUAGUAGUAGUAGUUGUAGUAGUAGUAGUAGUAGUAGAGUUUGUUUGGAGCUAAGUGGGGGAGAAGCGGUGCUUUUCGGUUAUGCUUCGGUUGUAAGUUGUUGGUGCAAUGUACUGCUUAAGGAGACAAUACAAGUAUUGUCUGAGCUCGUUGACAUGGAUUCAAGGUUCUGGUUGUUUAAGAAGCUUGUAGCAUCUGUAGAAGGAGAAUGA